CUCUCUCUCUCUCUGUCUGUCUAUCUGGAUCUAGAUCUCAACUAAAUACCGCCUUCUCCAUGGAGGCCUAAAGAGAGGGGGCCAUAGUCCUCUAGAUAAGGUAUUUCCAAAACCCUAACCCAAGCUUUCCAUUCAAAUCCCAUAAAUACCCUCCCCCCUAUGAAAUUUCUUCCCCAAGUUACUGCUUCUAGAGCUCCAAUCCCACAAUCCUGCAAUCUUCCGUCGGGAAUCUUGACUGCACCGCUUUCUCCUUCUCCGAUUCCAUACCUUUCCUCUCCUCUGCACCAAUCGCAACUCGUUGCACUAUAUGCUUCCUAGAAAGAGAGCUGUGGAAGGCCAGGUUGUUGACGGUUGCGUUGAUCCGGAGAACCUUCUCAAGAAGCAGCGGACCGGUUGCCUGACAUCAUCUGGAGCUGCGGACAAGACUAGCGGCUCCUGCUGUACAGUCAUCACGGGGAACAACAGUUCCAGCACUAACGGUAGCGCUAGCGGCAGUAAGAGUGGUAGUGAACCUUCGCUGAAGGACAUGGCGUUUGAUGAUGGCAAUCCUCAUGACAUUGACGAGGAUCUCCAUAGCAGGCAGCUUGCCGUCUAUGGCCGCGAGACGAUGCGUCGUCUCUUUUCUUCCAAUGUUCUUGUUUCUGGAUUGCAAGGCCUUGGUGCUGAGAUCUCCAAGAAUCUUGUCCUUGCUGGUGUGAAAUCUGUGACACUACAUGAUGAAGGAACAGUGGAGUUGUGGGAUUUGUCAAGCAAUUUUAUAUUCUCAGAGACUGAUGUUGGUAAGAACAGGGCACUUGCUUCUGUACAAAAACUCCAAGAGCUCAACAAUGCGGUUUUAGUCUCAGCUUUGACCACAAAAUUAACAAAAGAAAGCCUCUCUGAGUUUCAGGCUGUGGUCUUCACUGAUAUCAGCUUAGAAAAGGCUGUUGAGUUUGAUGACUAUUGUCAUACUCAUCAACCACCCAUAGCAUUCAUCAAGGCUGAUGUUAGAGGCCUUUUUGGUAGCGUGUUCUGUGAUUUUGGUCCUCAGUUCACGGUAGUUGAUGUUGAUGGUGAGGAACCUCAUACGGGCAUCAUUGCCUCCAUCAGUAAUGACAACUCUGCUCUUGUAACAUGUGUGGAUGAUGAGAGGCUUGAGUUUCAGGAUGGUGAUUUAGUUGUCUUAGAAAAGGCUGUUGAGUUUGAUGACUAUUGUCAUACUCAUCAACCACCCAUAGCAUUCAUCAAGGCUGAUGUUAGAGGCCUUUUUGGUAGCGUGUUCUGUGAUUUUGGUCCUCAGUUCACGGUAGUUGAUGUUGAUGGUGAGGAACCUCAUACGGGCAUCAUUGCCUCCAUCAGUAAUGACAACUCUGCUCUUGUAACAUGUGUGGAUGAUGAGAGGCUUGAGUUUCAGGAUGGUGAUUUAGUUGUGUUUUCUGAAAUUCGGGGCAUGACCGAACUGAAUGAUGGAAAGCCAAGAAAGAUUUUAGCCACUAGGCCUUACGCUUUCACUCUUGACGAGGAUACAACAAAUUUUGGUGCAUAUGAAAGGGGUGGUAUAGUUACUCAGGUAAAGCAGCCAAAAGUUUUGAAUUUCAAACCAUUGCGAGAAGCUCUUGAAGAUCCUGGUGAUUUUCUUCUCAGUGAUUUCUCAAAGUUUGACCGCCCUCCACUUCUGCAUUUAGCAUUCCAAUCACUGGACAAGUUCAGGUCUGAGUUUGGACGUUUCCCCAAUGCUGGCUCUGAAGAUGAUGCACAGAAACUUAUCUCUAUUGCCACUGUCAUGAAUGAGAGUGCUGGAGAUUCAAAAAUAGAAGAUAUAGACCACAAACUUCUCAGACACUUCUCAUUUGGUGCGCGUGCUGUAUUAAAUCCCAUGGCUGCUAUGUUUGGUGGUAUUGUUGGGCAGGAGGUUGUUAAGGCAUGCUCUGGGAAGUUUCAUCCUCUUUUUCAGUUCUUUUACUUCGACUCUGUGGAGUCACUUCCUACCGAGACACUGGAACCUAGUGAUUUCAUGCCUUUGAAUAGUCGUUAUGACGCACAAGUUUCAGUUUUUGGAAAAAAACUUCAGAAGAAACUUGAAGAAGCCAAGGUAUUUGUUGUUGGGUCUGGUGCACUGGGAUGUGAGUUUCUGAAGAACUUGGCCCUCAUGGGAAUUGCAUGCGGCAGUCAAGGAAAGUUAACAGUAACUGAUGAUGAUGUGAUUGAGAAGAGUAAUCUUAGCAGACAGUUUCUCUUCCGUGAUUGGAACAUUGGCCAGGCCAAAUCCACUGUUGCCGCUGCUGCUGCUACAUCAAUAAAUUCCAAGUUCCAUAUUGAACCUCUCCAGAACCGUGUUGGUCCUGAGACUGAAAAUGUGUUUGACGAUGCUUUCUGGGAGAAGCUCAGUGUUGUUGUCAAUGCUCUUGACAACGUUAAUGCAAGGCUUUAUGUUGAUCAGAGAUGCUUGUAUUUCCAGAAGCCACUUCUCGAGUCAGGAACACUUGGUGCCAAAUGCAAUACCCAGAUGGUCAUACCACACCUGACAGAAAACUAUGGUGCAUCACGCGAUCCUCCAGAGAAACAAGCACCAAUGUGCACUGUACACUCUUUCCCACACAACAUUGACCACUGCUUGACUUGGGCUCGUUCAGAGUUUGAGGGCUUGCUUGAGAAGACACCGGCUGAAGCAAAUGCUUAUCUCAGUAAUCCAAGCGAGUACACGUCUGCACAGAGCAAAUCUGGUGAUGCACAAGCUAGAGAUAACUUGGAACGUGUUCUUGAGUGCCUAGACAAGGAAAGAUGUGAAACCUUUGAAGCUUGCAUUGCAUGGGCACGCCACAGGUUUGAAGAUUAUUUUGCAAACCGGGUCAAACAAUUGAUUUUCACUUUUCCCGAGGAUGCAGCAACGAGUACUGGAGCACCUUUCUGGUCGGCACCUAAGCGUUUCCCUCAACCCCUUAAGUUCUCUUCGAAAGAUCAGAGUCAUCUCCAUUUUACGAUGGCUGCAGCCAUAUUGCGGGCCGAGACAUUUGGAAUCCCUAUUCCUGACUGGGCCACUCAACCAAAGAAACUGGCCGAAGCUGUUGAUAGUGUUGUUGUCCCAGAGUUUCAACCCAAGAAAGGCGUGAAGAUUGAGACAGAUGAGAAAGCCACCAGUCUUUCUGCUGCUUCCAUAGAUGACAUUGCAGUUAUCCAUGAACUCAUAACAAAGCUGGAGCAGUGCCGUAAAAAUCUACCUCCAAACUUCAAGAUGAAACCUAUUCAGUUCGAGAAGGAUGAUGACACGAACUUCCACAUGGACCUCAUAGCCGGGCUUGCCAACAUGAGGGCUAGAAACUACAGCAUACCUGAAGUGGACAAACUGAAGGCCAAGUUCAUAGCAGGAAGGAUCAUUCCUGCAAUUGCAACCUCCACAGCAAUGGCGACCGGCUUGGUUUGCCUGGAACUGUACAAGGUUCUAGCAGGGGGACACAAGGUUGAGGACUACCGCAACACAUUUGCCAACCUGGCGCUGCCCCUCUUCUCCAUGGCCGAACCAGUCCCACCCAAGGUGAUCAAGCACUUGGAUAUGAGCUGGACCGUUUGGGACCGGUGGGAAAUAAAGAACAACCCUACACUGAAGGAGCUCAUCAGAUGGCUAAAAGACAAGUACUUGAAUGCGUACAGCAUCUCUUGCGGGAGCUGCUUGCUCUAUAACAGCAUGUUCCCUAGGCACAAGGAACGGAUGGACAAGAAGAUUGUGGAUUUGGCGAGGAAAGUCGCCAAGCUGGAGCUGCCCCCAAACCGCCGCCACUUGGAUGUCGUGGUGGCAUGCGAGGACGAUGAGGAUAAUGACGUCGAUAUCCCUCUGGUUUCUGUUUACUACAAGUAGAGUGAGUGAGUGAGUGAGUGACUUCUUUAUAUUCCUCACUUGUCAUUGUCUCUCUUGGUUACCCUUUUUUUUUUCUUUAGUCCAAACUUUUUUUAAAUGCUGGCAUUUUUAUCAACUUUUCUUUUCUCAAGGGGGGAUUGAAUAUCUGAUACACACCCACUGAUGUGUGUUGUUGACUCUCUGUUCUUAUGAUCUGUUCAGAAAGAGUUCCACUGCUGUGGCUCUAUAUAGCACAUGAUACUAAGAGUUUCCCAGU